UAAUGUGUGUGGAUCAUAUAUGUAGCCAAGUUAUCAUGGGGAGAUAUUAAUCAAUUAUUAGCAAAUAUGUAUGCAAUAAAACUCCAUUGAUGCAUGUGUCACUAGCAGCCAAAUACGAAUGGAGAUCCUGUGUGCUUUGCAUAUUUGAGAGCGGCAGAAACCAUGGUUUGAGUCUUGCAUUCUAAGAUGAGAACACAUGUCAUGCAUGCGCGCACAAGAUACGUGUUCUAUCUAUCUACACCGAAAUUGAUCAAUACUCAAUAGGCAUGCGUGUGUUGUUUCUACCAAUCUUCUUGCGUAUAUUAUGAGGCCCCUGGCAAUUAUUUGCAUUGGCAUAAUAAGAAAAGAUUUUUUUCAAAGAAAGGCACAAUGUCAAGGUCAACUUAAAAUAGUUUGGCAUGUUCCUGAGAGGGUCAUAAGAAUUAAUUGUCUUAACUAUAGUUCAAUCUACUUUAGUAUGGACCGACAAACUAUCAAUGUGCCAAAUUAAUUAGCGAAAGUAGGACUGCACACAAGAGGGCUAUAAAUACACUACCUUACUCCCCAGUCUCCAUCCCCAAGCUAUAACCCAUCUUCAUAGUUCAUACUCCUCAUAAUUCUAUAGCGUUCAACUACCCACUUUCUCAUGGACCCAAUAGUCAACCAGGGGUGGACCUCAUCCGAGGUAGAGGAGGCAUGCUCACUCAUUGCUAGGCUCAACACCAACAAAAUCAUGUACGACGACAAUGAUGACAAGAACAAGAAGCAUAAUUACAUCAUGAAUUCUCUCCAUGCAUUGUUUCCUUCAAAGACCAUGAAAGAGGUAACAGAUCUUUAUGUUAAUCUCGCCGUGGAAAUGCAUAUGAUCCAACGGAGGGAGGGAACCCAUGUUACUAGUGGUAGCCCGCAAAACAUUUUCACCUUUUGUGACCCUGUCAACGGUAACUAUGAGCUACCGAAGGAGGAGAAUGGUGCUAGCAGCACACACGUUAUCUACACCAUGGGCGACCAUGCGAAUGAAAACUUCGGUGUACGAGACGAGGCAACAAUCAUGGACAACAAUGGAUUGUCCUUUGGUUGUGUAAUGGAGGAUACGGGGAUCACGGUGAUGGGUGAGGCACCGCUGAUGGCAGACACCAACAAGAUGGAGGUGUUGGAGAACAAUAUUUCCAUAGAUCAACCAGUUGUUGCCCCACAUCAAUGUGGUUUUUGGAUCGACGAGGAACACAGCAUGGGCGGCCUUGUUAAUGAAAACUUUGAGGUACAAGAGGACGAGGAUAGACCAUGAUUGAUAAUGGGUUUUCAUUUCGUUGCGCACUGGAGGAUACAACGCAACUGGAGGAUAC